AUGGGGUGUGCUCAUGUUUCAGGCCUGGAGAAGGACAUCGCGGGUCUGAAGCGUGAGAUCCGCGAGCGCGACGACACCAUAGGCGACAAGGAGCGCCGCAUCUACGAGCUCAAGAAGAAGAACCAGGAGCUGGAGAAGUUCAAGUUUGUGCUGGACUUCAAGAUCAAGGAGCUGAAGAAGCAGAUCGAGCCCCGCGAGAUGGAGAUUGGCAAUAUGCGGCAGAUCGUGUCUGCUAUGGACGCUGAGCUGGAGCGCUACCACAAGAGCAACGCCGGCCUCGACCUCGCAAUACAGGCGCGCGAACACGCGCGCACAUCCGCCGCGGGGCCCCGCGGGCCGGGGCCCCGCGGGUGCGCGCCAUUGACCAGCUCCCUGAAGCUCAAAGAGACGGGGCUGCAGUCCGAGGUGCUGCAGCAGCGCGGCACCAAGUCGGAGCUCGCGGCGCGGCUCGACAGGGUGAUACGCGACAUCGCUGAGCUGGCGCCCGUGAUCCAGGACCCCAAGGCCCUCAAGGACAAGGCCAAGGGGCUGUUCCAGCGCCACUGCAGCUCGAUGGCGCCCGCGGACGCGCCCGACGACGCGGUGGCCUCCGAGCACGCGCGGCAGCGCCAGUACCUGGAGCGGACCGUGGAUGGCCUCAAGAAGAAGAUGGCGGUGGAUGCAGAGGCACACAGGCUGGAGGGCCUCCAUGUGAUGAGCCAGAAUGUGGCACUGAUACGUGAGAUCAACGAGCUGAGGAGGGAGAUCAAGGUCCUCAAGUCACCCGCAGCCACGGCACAGCGGGGCGGCCCCCGCGGCUCCCUCGCCUCACUCUCGUCCUCUUAUGCUGGCGCAAGCGGGGCUGCCGUUAAGCAGCGCGUGCCCGCCGCGGCGGCUACGGCGACUGGCAGUCAGGUGGCGGGUGCGGGCAGUACAAGCAAUCGCUCCACAGGCAGCUUGAAACUGCAGCAGCAGCAGCAGCAGCAGCAGCAGCAGCAGCAGCAGCAGCAGCAGCAGCAGCAGCAGCAGGCAGGCGCAGCCUCAGCUCGGAGUGGCCAGGCCCCGGGACCCGCGACGGCGGGGGCCGAAGCGGAGGCGGCGGGCAUGAGGCGGGAGCUGCAGCUGCAGGCCGCGCUGAUCGAGCGGUUGAGGGGCGAGCUGGAGGCACGGGGCGGCCCGACUGCCACCACGAGGCCCGCGGCGAGCGCUGGCGGCGAGGGUGGCAUCGAGGAUGGGCCAGAAGGUCCCCCGUCCGCUGCGCGGGUCGAGGUUGCAGGCGGGGUGCUGGGUGGUGCGGGUGACGCGGGUGACGCGCUUGACGGGCGUGCCGCCGGCGGCAACUCCCCUGUGCAAGCGGGGUGGGAUGACGGUGCCGCGGGCGGAGCGGAGGCCGGGGAGCCGCAUGAGCUUGGGCAGGAGGCGGCAGUCGCAGGGGCGGAGGCUGUCGAGGCGGGGUGA